CACCAAACUCUCUCUCUCUCUCUCUAUCACUCACUCACGCCGAGGUCCAACAAUCUCAGGUCGCCCAUGGCUCCAGGCGCCGCCGCCGCCGCCGCGCCGGAGAAGGUGCUGAUGAUGAGGAACGAGGAGCUGGAGCGGGAGCUGAGGGAGAGCCGGGAGAGGGAGGAGAAGGCGCGGGACGAGCUGCGGAGGACUGCGGAGCGGCUGAGGGUGGCGGAGGAGGGGGAGGAGCGGCUCUGCUCGCAGCUCGGGGAGCUGGAGGCCGAGGCCGUGGUGCAGGCGCGCGAGUACCGGGCCCGGGUGGUGCUCCUGAUGGAGCAGCUGUCGCAGGCCCGCCGGCUCCUCCAGGCCGCCGCCAUCUCUCCCCCCGCCGGCGAAGAUCAGGCCUGCGCUUGAAAAAAAAUAUAUAUAUGAAUAUAGUGAACAUAUUUCUUCUGUCCAUUUUUUUUUGUCCAGUUGUUUUUUUUUCCCCAGCUUUCCAGUUCCCCGGUGGCCGGAGUGGCUUCUUGCUUUUUCCGGUCAGGUUCGGGAUCGUUAGACAAGGAGGAAGAGGAGGAGAUCUUAGUUUCUGCUCGUAGUUUGAUGGGAUUUCGCUCUUCUCCAUGGAAUCUUCAUCUUCUUGUUGGGUCAUUUUGUGAAGAUUUUGUACAAAAGAUUUAACCUAGUGAUGAUUGAAUGCGGUGCAAGUUCUCUCUUC